CUGUGCUGACUGUCUAAACAUUAAUACCACGUGACCAAAUUUUCUAGUUCGCGAUGUUAUUAUAUUGCAAAAUGUCAUUCAUUUAGUUCCUUAAAUAUAACCAGUUUGAAAACACCUGACAGUGUGUCACAGGGGUUAUUAUAACACUUGCAAAUAAACCAAAUAUACGAGGGACUCAAGAAGAGCGAAAAUUCCCAAAGGGUUUACCACUUCAGAAAGAUAUUUCUCAUUUCUCGAGAUUGCAGUAACUCGGUGAAUGGGACAGAAUGAAGGGAAGCACCGCACCCCUGGUGGUUCCCGUAAGAUGAGUAAGGCCUCCGGGGCAGGGUCUGACUCUGAUUCCAUAGACACGUCUUCCGGAAGCCCCAUCACACCUUCAGGAUCCAAACAAAACAAAAUGGCCUUCUUCAGGAAGCAGAGUGAUGCCUGCAAGAAACGCAUGGACCAUCAACUCUAUCUGGCACAAGAAAGUCCAGAGCCAAUAAUUGAUAUAACCAAAUGUGAAUUAGAAGAGAUACCACCAAUAAUUUUCUCUCUGUGUAAAAUUUUGAGUAAAGAGGCGGUGUUUCUGAGUGACAACUGGCUGGGAUCAUUAGCAGGAGGGAAGUGUAUAGACAUGAGAAGUGUCAGGGUUUUAGACUUGCACAGUAACGAAAUUAAAGUUCUGCCCACGGACAUCGGAGACAUGACCUGCUUACAGGUUCUCAACUUGGAAUGGAACAAAAUUUCAGUUUUGCCAAGGAGUAUUGAAAAUCUUAAACACUUGCAGACGUUAAAUUUGAAAGGAAACAGACUAAAAGUUGUGUCUCCAUUCUUGUGUGGCUUAAAAAGCCUACGGACCUUGGACAUUUCAGAAAAUAAGAUCACCAAACUACCUUCACAGUUGUGCAAUGUUAGAACAUUGGAAACUUUAGUUAUAGAUGCCAGCACAAUGAAAUACCCCUCUCCAGAUAUAUGCAAGCAGGGUACAGAAGAAGUUAUGAAAUUCCUAUGCACUGAGAGUCAGAUGGAGUAUGAACCCCCUUCCAAGUUCCUGUUAGAUAUUCUGGACCCUCCCAAUUUGAUGCUAACCCCCAAACGAUCUUCUUUUUCUAAGGCUGUGGAGGAGGAGGAGAGUGCACUAAAGAAAAAUAUUGAUAGCUAUAAUUCUAUAAUGGACAGAAAGAAACAGGAGAGGAUUGAGUUGGAGAGACUGUUGGAGUUAGAGAUGUUGGAACAAGCCCAACUGGCUAGCCAGGCCAUGGAGGAAAAGCAAAGGUUUAUAGAAGAAAUGGCACAGGAUCAGGAUAAGAUGGACAAAGAGCUUGAGACAAUCUUCCAUGGAAGAGGACAGGAGCGGAAGAAACUUGUAGAAUACAUCCAACAGGUUGAAGACAGUACAGAUGAUUUGAUAAAGCACAUGCUACAGAUGCAAGAGAAAGCCCGGAAGACAGAGGAAAUUCUGGAGAUCAUGGAACGAGAAAGGAUUGAGGAAGAGCAGUGGUUUGUUGUCCGGUCAGAGGAAAUUCAGAACUUACGGAAACAGGAAGUACUGAGAGCCAUGGAAGCGCUGUUACAAGAGUCUGACAUGUUUGAGUACCUGAGAGCUAACUAUGUCAACAACAAAGACCAUGUCUUCAGACAAGCCCUGCACGAGGAGGAGAUGACCAGUCAGGACCAGGUCCAGAGCAUUCUCUCUAACAAGGACCUAGCUCUGACCAACAUGUUGGACGUUCUUCAGAAACAGGAGGAGUUUCAGAAAGAUGCGUUUGAAGCGCUACAGAUCCAGAAGGAUGCUAAAUCACGGAGAAUUGGUCAGCAGAUUAACCUGAUAGAAGAGGAAUUGGCUAGUCUCACUCUCGUGGAGAUACAACGUAAAGAGGAGCGAACGGAUGAUGAAAUUAACCGGCUCGCUGAGAAGAGAGUAGAACUUUUGGGACUGCUGUCUCAGCUGAUGACCGAGCAAGAGAGUCGACGGGAAGAGCUCAAGAAGAGACUGGGUGAGAUGGAGCAGCAGAAGGAGGAUGGACAGACAGACUAUUGGUUGGUGCAGUACCAGAGACUGAUGGACAGGAAACCUCAGGCGCUAAUGGACCAGGAGAGGCGUCUGGAGAUAGCUGUGGUGACUGUAUUAGAGGACUCAGGAGCAGACGAGUAUGUCCCAAUAUUCGCUAGACAUCGUAUCACCAUAGAAACCUUGCUGCAGUUGACGGAUAGUGACCUAAAACAGAUGGGUGUUCAUGAACUUGGAAUAAGGAAAACUGUUUUGAAGAAUGUCCAGAAUUUCCGAUCUUCAAAAGCAGCUGCAGACACCAGUGUAUCUGGAAAAGCCUUAAGUGAACCCAGUGUUGAUAAGUUUAGAGACCGGGAGGAUGUGACAUUUGACCAUCCAGCCCCCUCUGCACCACUACCCCGACAGGAUUCCAUACUAGCCAGGGGACUUAACUCUGAAUGUGUGAUAUGUCUAGACAAACAGUCGGCAGUGAUUUUCCUUUCCUGUGGUCACGUGUGCUGUUGUGAAGAGUGCUCGGGAAAAGUGCAGGAAUGUCCUCUCUGUCGGGGAAUUAUCAAACAGCGAAUCAAGCUUAGUAGUACCGCCUCGACGACCACGGGACACCCCCCUCCUGCACCACUACAGUCCUAGUGUCACGAUAGUUUCGGAGUUCAUGUAUAGUUGUUAUUGGUGUUGUGUAACAAUUCUUUGUAUCCUGAUUUAAACCAUGUGAUAUACACGUACCCUUUCUAAUGCAAUAAACCUCUACGUCAUUGUACUGCGUAUUUUGGGAGAAUGAUCUUUGUAUGUUGAGGAUGAGAGUUGAUACCAGUAAAGUUGGAAGGUUAUUAUGACAAUGUAUCUAUUACUGUGCUAUAUGUAUAUACUCAAGUUUAAUUAUUUAUGUGAUUUUCAAUUUUCACAAGUCAGUUAUCAUGCAUUUCUGAAGGUCAAAAAUUGACUGUUUAGUGUGUACUUGUACUAUACAGUGCGUACUUGUACUAUACAGUGCGUACUUGUACUAUACAGUGCGUACUUGUACUAUACAGUGCGUACUUGUACUAUACAAACUGUGCAGCUUCUUGUUACCGUUGUCAUUUUGCUCGUUGCUGUAUUCUAGAUAUGUACCUGUGCAUGCUAUUGUUCAUACUGCAGUAUUCUAGUACUACGUAGAGGCCACCAUUUUGGUGUCAGUAUGUACUAGUGCCGUGACCUGUGUUGACAGAGAAAGCUGUAUUGUGUUCUUUUGUACCAAACAUUAACAAUGAGAAAUGCUAUCUUCAUUUCAGUGUUACGCAUGUCUAGAAAAAAAAGUCUUGUAUCUAUCUUUGUAAUUUGUUUCCCCCCUCUAUUAAUGACAGUCUGCUCAGAAAAAAAAUAUCUACUGUGUAUGUGUUCGGGGAUGUCAUUUUUGUGGUGUGAAAAUCAGCAUUGCUGUUUUAACACUGUUAUCUGUUAAGUGGCCUACUUUUCUAUCUGAUUUAUAUAGUGUCUUUAUUGUAGAUGAAAUACAGCAUUUGUUCUGAUUGUCUGUCUUACACUCAUACAAAAUAAAUGCUCAAUUAGUGGUACAGAAACAAUGCAUAAAAGGGCAGCUACAAGGAAACAGAGCAAAUUUAUAUUGUUGGGAGUUUUUGUUUAGGUGUUGAAAGUGCAGACUGUCUUAUUUCUUCAGAAAGAUUUCUUUUAAUAUAUCUCAUUAUACAAACAACAUAGUUAAAGUGGACACUAAGAAUUAAAAUGCCUUGAAUGCUGUACCAUAUUCUUACAUGUACAGUUUUGGUUUUCUCUUUUAUACGUAGUUCAGGAGUUCCUAUGUAAUGUGUAAUCGCAUGUAGGGUGAUCAUGUGACCUGCUUAGCAAACCGCAUUUUGUAAGAUAAAUUUGGCAAAUCAGUAUGUUGAAUGCAGAAAAAAUUUAUGAUUAUAAAGCUUUAAUGUAGAUUUAGUUAUAUCUUGAAAGUACAAUGUACACUGCAUUACUUUGUAUGGGUGUGUGUGUUGUGGGGGUAUAGGUUAAAAGGGAAGAGAGAAAGGAGAGAGAGAAAAAGAGGGGAAGGUCCAAGGAUGAUGAUGGAUGAGAAGAGACAUGGGAGGAGGGAGAGGAAUGAGAAAGAAUGAGGGGAGGAAAUUAAGGGCACCCCCAUUGUGUGUCAUCUUACGAGGCAGUAUAGCCUGUUUUUGUUCAACCAUUGUGAGUUUGUAAGGUGAAGAUGUUUACAUCAUUGAAUGUUCAUGUCAUCAAGCUCGUCAUAAGCCAUGCUCUUACUUUACUUGCAAGUGUACAGUAUUUUAUUCGAAUAUCCUUUUAUCCUCACCAAAAGGAAUGCUGGUUUUUGUUAAAGUACAAUACAUACACCCCAAUUCAAAAAUCCUUCCUAUCCCCAUCAAAAGGAAUUCUAAUGGGAUACCGAAAUGCUUGAUUAUGUCAAGACCAUUCAUAAUUCUUUUCAAUUUGUAUUCUUGUAAAAAAUAGUUUAUUCCAUUUCUUGCUGCAUGUUCUUAUGAAUCUGAUAACCAGUGUAGUAGUGCCAUAGAUGUGUCGACUUUUAUCAAUCUACUACAAUGUAUAUAAUUCAUUGAAAACAGUCACUUUUCUAAAUUUUCAUAAGAUUAUCUAGCUUCAUUUUAUGGUAACUUUUACACCAUUAACAACAUAAAUUUCUACAGUUUCUGGUCUCAGUUGAGUGUCUUAUGUUUUUCUUAAAAGCUGCACAGAUUAUAUGACUGCAAGUUUUUGUUCAGUCUUGCAAAGGAUUAUACAGGGAAAUGGAGUGCUAAAAGUUGAUGUUGAAUUUCAAUAGUCAUAUUUCUGCAGUUGUUGAUCAAAGUUUUAAAAAUCAUUGAUCAAAUAAAUUUUAUAUCCAGAUAUUUUGUUACAAAUCCUUUAGAUUUCAUAAAAAUUUGAGCAAAAAUGAGUUCAGAAUGAUUUCUCAAACAGAAGAUAUUUUUCAAUGAAAUAUAUAAUAAAACAUGAAAGUUGACUCAUUUAUGGCACUAUGCUGUACAUGUAUUCAUUGAUACUCUUUGUAAUAAAUUUCACAUAUUGUUAAUUGUU